AUAUAUAGUGGUAGUAAACCGUUCUCACACACACAGACGUAGAGUGAGGGGAGAUUUUCUACUAAAUCGAUCGCAGAUGGUUUCAUUAUCUCGGGUGGAUAAAAAAGUAUAAUAGGAUAAAAAAUAAUAAAAGCAAAAAUGUGUCACCAAAUAUACUUUUUAAAUGUCCCACCCAGGUAAAGUCGUGCGUGGGAAGCACGGAUAUAUAUAUAGUAUUUAUUUUAAAAUUAAAAUAAUUAAGUAAUUCAUACUUUUAUAUUUGUAAUUUCCAGCCUUUCAUUCAAAAAAUCAAAAGGAUUUUAAAGUAAUGAGAAACAAAUUCAAGUGUGACCAAAUUUUUAACUGCUACUGUAGAUCAUUAGCCAGAUGUUAAAGGGUUAGUUCACCCAAAAAUGAAAAUGUCGUUCCACACCCGUAAGACCUUCAUUCAUCUUCGGAACACAAAUUAAGAUAUUUUUGAUGAAGUCCGAUGGCUCAGUGAGGCCUCUAUUGCCAGCAAUGUCACCGAACCUCUCAAGAUCCAGAAAGGUCCUUUAGGUGGCGCUCUGUAGGUGGGGGAGGUGAUGCAGCGGAUGUGGGCUCCAGUCACACUGCGGCGUGUGGUCCUGCUGCGCUCUGCGUACCUGGGUCACACCUGGGCUGCACGUGAGCUUCCUGUGACCGUCCAGACCUCACGCUGCUUCAGUUGCACUAAUGUCAUCAGGACGAAGGAGGGCCUCAAAACGUCCACAGAGGAAGAAACGCCAUUAAAUCCUCCGCAGAGUCUAGCAGGGACUGAGGGUCUGUAUAAGCCUGAUACAGGGUCUGAACUUCAGAGUAAGGGUGAUGUCGACCCUCUGCAGGACAAAUCUAUCGGGCUCUUCCAGAGGUUUAAAAAGACGUUUAAACAGUAUGGUAAAGUCAUGGUGCCUGUGCACAUCGUCACGUCCACAGUGUGGUUUGGGAGCUUCUAUUAUGCUGCAAUGAAAGGAGUGAAUCUGGUCCCGUUUCUGGAGUUUAUCGGUUUACCGGAUUGGAUGGUGGGAAUUUUGCGAGAUUCCCAGGGUGGCUAUGCACUCACAGCCUAUGCCAUGUAUAAGCUCGCUACUCCUGCCCGAUACACCGUUACACUGGGCGGCACAUCCCUGUCUGUACAGUACCUCCGCAAACACGGAUACCUCUCCACCCCUCCGCCUGUUAAAGGGUACCUGCAAGACAAAAUGGAGGAAACCAGGGAACUACUGAGUGAAAAAAUGGAGGAGACGAAAGAGAGGUUUUCAGAGAAGAUGGAGGAAACCAAAGAAAUGCUCUCAGAAAGAAUGGAGGAGACUAAAGAGAGAUUCUCUGAAACGAAAGACAAAUUUUCUGAGAAACUGCAGGAGACGAAAGACAAAAUGUCUUUCCGUAAGAAAGCCGACUAGGCUGCAUGGCUUGCUGUGGUCGAAUCAAGCUGUCAACUAAGGGAAAAGAAUAAUUUCUAAAAACUAAGCGGAUUGAGGAAUGUUUCACAUGAUCAGUAAUUACUCACAAUGUCACAAAGUGUUUGGUGUUUACUUAAAGGGACAGUUCAACCAAAAAUGACUUUUCAACCAAAAAAAAUUUUUUUAUGUCCAUGUAAGGAAACUUAGUGGCAUUCAAAACAAUUGACUUUCAUUGUAUUGACAAAAAAAUAAUUUGUGUUCAUAUGGGUUUGGAACAACAUGAGGGUGAGUAAAUGAUGACAGAAUUUACAUUUUUUGGUGAACUAUCCCUUUAAGGUAUUGAAUGUUCGCACACAAGCUCUAUUAUCAUGUCAAAUGGUUUCCAUACACUUGAAUCUACAUGUUGAGUCUUCGGAGAGAAACGAACUUGAACUAGCAAUAAUACUAAAUUAUUAUUACUGAAUUAAGCCAAAAUCAUAUUAAGAGCAUUUGAGUGAGUUUAUUUUAGUUUAAUUGUUUUAAGGUAGGAGUACUGAAAAUAUUUCUAUUUGAUAACCAAGUGAUAAUUAACAUUGAUAUCUAUAUUUAAUGAUUUUCAUUUGUUUUAUCAUGUACGUGUUUGUAUUUGAGUUUGUGUGCAUAUUACCUACACAGCAGUCUGGACUGUACAAUGUCUUGAAUUGCACUAGUGUUUAUGGAGUAUCUGGACUGCUUAAAAAGUCAGUGGGUAAUAAAGACAAUUAAUAACCCACUUUGUUUCUUUUGUGACAUUUAAAAAUGUUUUUACUUGAAUGAAGCUGCUAGUUUUUUAAUCUAAACUCAAAUCAUCUCAAUAUGCCAAUGUUCAUUGAGAGAAUAAUAAAAUUGAUACGACAACAUGUACAGGAUAUUAUUUCAAUAAAAGUAUUAAGACACACCA